AUGUCAUUAAAACCAAUAAUAACAAAAACAGGAAAAUAUAACUCAACAAUCCGAAAACAAAUAAUAAAACUUAAUAAUCUUACAGGAACCAAAGAAACAGCGUUCAAAUUUAAUCCAUCUUUUUCCAAAUUUGAAAUGUGGAUAUAUUUACAAAAUUCAAUCCCACACCCACCGUCAAAUGGUUUGAAACAAUUCUUUGUUGAUUAUUUGCCAACCUUAAGAUUCCAUAAUCCUGAUUUUGAAUAUAAGAUCAAUACUAUAAUGAAUGUUGAAUCCGAAUCUCAACUCAAUAAAAUUCCAUUGAAGUUGAAAUUAAGUGGUGAUGAUACCGUUGAGAUUGAUUGUAAGGGCAAGAGUGGUAGUGAUAUUUUGAAAGAGUUGACUGAGAAGGGGAAAUUGAUGCCUGUAUCUGAGGAGGAUAUUCCUAAAAUUCCUUUGAAUCCUGAUACUAAAGAAAAUAGAUAUUUGAAAUAA